AAACGAGAUUUCUCAUUGGCCUAUUUUCUGGAACAUGACGUCACUGCUGCAACCAGGAAGUAAUUUGAGAGACGACAUUUUUUCCAACUAUUGAUCAUUCUGUCCAAAGGCUCACAGGCUGUUUACAACCUUGAUCAGUGAUAAUGAGUGCCUCAGCACCUCCCCCUCCCACAUACAAUGCAGCUGUGGGUAUGCCAGGGCCUGGAUAUCCUGGACAACCGGGUGGCACAGGCUUCCCAGCACAACCAGGCGGUUACUCAGCACAACCAGUCAGAGAUACAAGUCCUUAUGAAGGCCCAGGGGAGGCAGCAAUUCCUCUAAUGCCAGGUUAUCCUCCACAGGGUGGUCAAGGUGCCCCUGGACAAGGGCCACCCCCUAUGCCCAUGCCAUUCCGUCCUCCUCCCAAUACAAUGCCAGCACCAGGAUAUGGUGGGGCACAACCUCAUAUGCCAUCAGGCUAUCAGCCCCCUCCACAGCCAGUUGGAGGACAACCAGUUGACCCAGAGGCAGGCCAACCCAAGCCUUGGUCUGAUGAGGAUGACUUCACAAGGGGUGAUUGGUCAGAUAAAGCCAUACGCAGAGCCUUUAUUAGAAAGGUGUAUCUGAUUCUAACUGCCCAGUUGCUCGUCACAGUUGGAGUUAUCUGCUUUUUCCUAUUCCAUUUACCUACAAAGAUUUGGGUACGGCAGAACUCUUGGUUCUACUAUGUUUCUUAUGCCACUUUCUUUGUGACAUAUAUAGUACUGGUUUGCUGUCCCAAAGUUCGCAGGAAGUACCCCGGUAACUUCAUAUGCCUAGCUGUGUUUACGUUAGCAUUUUCCUACAUGGUUGGCACCAUUAGCAGCUACUACAACCAUGAGUCUGUCAUGAUAGCAGUUGGUAUAACUGCUGCAGUCUGCCUGGCUAUAUCCAUCUUUGCCAUCCAGACGAAGAUUGACUUCACAUUGUGCUCUGGGUUGCUGUUUGCCCUCGUCAUGGUGUUGUUCUUCUUUGGCAUCGCUUGUAUGAUUGUUAUGUUCACCAUAGGCUACAAUCAUAUCUUGAACUGUGUGUAUGCUGGACUGGGGGCUCUGGUCUUUUCAUUGUUCCUGGUGUUUGAUACACAACAAAUUGUUGGAGGACGUAAACAUGAACUCAGCCAGGAGGAGUACAUCUACGGGGCUUUACAACUUUACCUUGAUGUUGUCUACAUAUUCAUUUUCUUACUCUCCUUCUUCAAGAGCAGUUAAUGUAUCUGUAGAUAAAAGUGAGCUAUUUGCAGACAAUUCGAUCUGUGGAAGUCCCUGUUGAAAUAAAUCGACCGAACAAGUCUAUGUGUAGCUACCUAUGUGUAUGUACUUUUCAAAGGAUAGUCAACAAAAGUAAAUGCAGAAGUGUCUCACUUGAAAACUAUAUAAAUGAUCUGAGAUUCAAGAAAACAGUACAUAAUAUUGGUGGAUAUUGCAUAUUACUGAGAGCAACUACUUGAUCGUAUUUAUUAAUGUUGUAUCACUUGUACAGGAAAAUCACAACAUGACACAUGAUGAAUCCUUCUUGAGAAAGACUUGAAAAAUGCACAGAAAAGUUUGUACAAAGAUACUGUACAAGUUGAAGUGAAUGGAAGAGUUAAGACUUGUUGAACGGCAGCUAGAUGUUGUAGAGAUAUGUAUGAGGAAAUUAACUCUUAGGAGGUUGUGAUUGAGAAAUGCUUUACACACGAGAGCCUCUUUAAAUUCCUAACUCAAUUUAUAAGAGGAGCAUGGAAUAUGUUUAAAGAUGGAGACCCACCUUAUGAUAUAUUCUCCAAUUAGUCAGUAGGAGAUGAGAGGGGUCUUCAUCUUUAAGCCCUUAUUGAAAUAACAUCAGGAAUAUGUACAUAUAGAAGCUAUAUUAAUAUAUUUUCUUUGGGGAGAUUUCAAUUGUCUGAAGGAGAUUAUUAUGGAAAUUUACAGCUUUUCAGUGUUUAAAUUUUGUCAAUGUUUUAUGUAUGUCACAUAAAGUUGUAUAUAUGAGACUUUAGUUCCACAGCCUGUCUAUUGUAUUUGAUUUAUUUAUCUGUGGAAGAGUGAAUAUAUACCUAUGUUCCCUCAUCUUAGCCUAGAAGACCUUGAUUUUCAGUUAACCAACUUAACCAAGUAGACCUUCCCAUUAGUACAAUUAGAACAUUGGUAGAGUGUAGUUCAGUAUAGUAUAGAAUUUGUGGAACUUUAGCUGUACAUAUUUUUUAUAUAAUACUGUAAUUCAAUCCAAUUCUUGAUAAGGUGUCAUAAUAUAAGAUAUAGUAUGGGGGAAAUGUGCAAUUUGAUCACUUCAGAUCAGUGUUUGUCCUAAGGAUCUGAGAGCUGACAUUACAGCAUCACUGACCAGUUACAUUGUUAUACCUAGUGAAAAAAUCAACUGGUCCGUAUCAAAAG